AUGGCAGUAGCAGGCUUCAUUUUGUGGGCUGGUUUUGCCCUAGCUAGUGGCAAUACCUACUGUGUUCAGUCGAUAUCGACGCCCAUGAUUUCCAUAGGAUUUAUUUUGCUAGUUGUUUCAAUUCUAGGCUUAAUCGGUUCUUGCUGUCGGAUUAACACUCUUCUUGCCGUUUACUUGGUCAUACUGUUUCUUGUUACUGUUUCACUUGUCGUUUUUACUGUAUUUGCUAUUGUCGUAGCCAGUAAAGGAAGUACAAGUAAAGAUGGCAAGCUUAGUCUUGAUAACUACUCCAACUGGCUUCAAAAGAAAGUGCAGAGCAAUAAAAACUGGUUCAAAAUCAAAGCUUGUUUGCAAGAAUCUGAAUUAUGCUUAGUCCUUUCCAAGAAGUCUAAUAUGACUGAAUAUCAACUCUUUCAUUCCAAAUUAUCUUCCAUUCAGGAUGGAUGUUGCAAUCCAUCGAAAGAGUGUGGAUUCACUUAUGUUCGUCCAACAAUGUGGAACACCAUAGAUGGGAAUUUUAGCAACCCAGAUUGCAAAAAAUGGAGCAAUAAUCCAAAAGAGCUAUGCUAUAAUUGCGAGUCAUGCAAGGUUGGAUUCCUCAAAGACACAAGGAUUAGCUGGUUAACCAUUGUAAAAAGCAAUGCUUUCUUCAUCACUUUCCUUUUUGUUCUCUUUGUUGCUGGCUUUAUUGCGUUUAAGAGGAAUUAA